AUGGCAGACACCACUCGGCUAGAGCCAACACGCUUCCUUGCGUCCCAGCCUGGCGGCACUACUGCCGUCACUUACAGCUAUACGGACAUGCCGUGGCGGCUGAUAUUGUCAGACGCGUACUACUUCUUCCGCUAUCUGUGGUCGCUGCCCUACGUGCUCUGGCCUCUGGUGCCGGCCGAUUCCGAGGAGUUGAGCGAGCUUUCGCCCACGAAGGAGAACUUGUGGUGUGUGGGCAUCCAUGCCGUGCUGAUAGUGCUGCAGUCGGCGUUCCUCUUGGGCCUGCCGUUUCUCGUCGCUGUGCCUGUGUGGGUUGCGGGGUUGGUGAUUACUGGAGUUCUGUUAGUGAACAAGGGGGUUGCUAGCCUGCUCAACGGCGAAGGCGUGGAGUAUCGAAGCGAAGAGAAAUAUGCGCCUGAGAGACCGGAGCAUGCAGGCGAGCGGUGGAUCUACAUCAACGGAGUGUCUGUUGGAUCUCAUUGGAUGCAAAUGAACCUUAACCGUCUGGCAGUGACCUUCAAGCGGCCAGUAAUUGGCAUUCACAACAAAACCUCUGGCAUGAUUUUCGACAUCCUGGAAUGCCUGGUCCAACGCAACUGGGGCUACGCGACUCGAGAUGUGCGCGUCGGCUACCGCAUCAUCAAGCAGACCCUCUACGACCAGCGCUACCACAAGAUCAUCUUCAUCCUCCACUCUCAGGGCGCCAUCGAAGGCAGUCUGAUCCUCGACUGGCUUCUGCAAGAGCUCCCACAAGACCUGCUCGCCAAGCUCGAAGUCUACUCCUUCGGCAAUGCAGCCAACCACUUCAACAACCCGCAUCGCUGCCUGGCCGCGCAGGACCAAACCUUCGGCCAUCCCCAUUCCCCCAGCCAUUCCCCCUCCUCCCCGAUCCGCAACCACAUGCCCUGCCAGAUGCACCCCUCCGGCCGCGCGAUCUCCCACAUCGAGCAUUACGCCCACACCCUCGAUUUCGUCGCGCUCUGGGGCAUCCUUCGCUUCGUCAUGCCGACACCCAUCACCAGCCCAACAGAAAGUACCCCCCUCAAUGCACAAAAGGCCGACCUCGUUACAAGACCUCGCUUCCUCGGCCGCGUAUUUAUUCAUCCCAGGCCAGGUCACCUCCUCGUGCAGCACUACCUGGAUGGGAUGUUCCCGCUGCAGAAGGACCCUGUUACGGGGAAGUUGUUAAGGGAUGAAAAUGGCGUGCCCGUGGGAUUGGAUGAGAGCGAGGGGAAUAAAUUCAUGGAGGGGGAGGUUAUCGUUUAUGAUGACGAUGAUGAGUUGGGGGGUGCGGAUAGGAGGCUGAAGGUCAAGCAGUUGAGUCGGUUGUGGGAGUAUCGGAAUGGGAGGAGUCCGAGGGAUGAGAGUUCGUAG